GCACACCAAGUCAGUGCUUCAGCAACACCAGCCGCUGAAUGACCGGUCCUAUCACUUUGUCGUCCUCAUGAUCUCUGCGAUCUUUACCAACAUGGGCCUGCUGGAGCUCGUCCUCCUCGGCGCCCUCCUCUACUGGCUUUUUGGAAAGAAUGUCACAAGAGCAAUGGCGGACGUGCUGAGCAGUCUGCAACACAUUUACCAGAACUGGGAGCGGCGGUGUCACCAGCAGGGUAAGAGGCCAGCGAUGGGCAGCGGCGAUGAGAAGCAAAUGUCCAGUCUCGGCCUCCGUGCCUACGCGGCAGCUAAACGCGCAGCCCAGAGGCAGUUCGAAGAAUCGGCAGUCACAACAGUCAGAGAGCAGCAACUUUACAGGGCAAAGUCGGCGCCGCUCGUCACCCUGCAAUUCAAGAGUUCGCGACGGGCCGCACCACUUUGCUGCAGCCACUGCACCCCCACCUCAAGAGAGAAUGGCAAGAGCAGGCCGGUGGUGCCUGGACUGGAGGUGCGCAACAUUCUUCGUCUGCAGACUGAACACGGCUUUGUCACUUCGUACUUCAAGCACAUUAUUUAUCACGUUUGGGAAUUCCACGCCUUCCCGUACCCAAAAAUAUUUUCAUCUGUUUUAAAGGAUGAACGGGUAUUGCAAGCGGUGCAGAAGGUGGCACGAAUGGAGAUGCGAGAAAGCACUGGCAGCGAGUUGAGCAGUCAAGAGGAAGACGAGGAGCAGAAAGAGGAGGACGAGGCAACUGCCUCCCGCCUGGCCGAGCUCAUUCGGAAGCACCACAGUCGUGCUUACAAGGUGCUGAAGACCAUGGGCUCCAACCUCAACGAUUUUCUCCUCAGAUUAACUUCCUACGUGUUGUACAAGUUGCUGCCGAUGUUUCUGACCAGGGUGGUGGUGAAUCGUGAGCAAGUGCAGCGGAUUAAGGAGGCAGCUGAUGCGGGUAUCCCGCUCAUCUUUCUGCCCAAUCACCGCAGUCACCUCGACUACAUCUUGAUGACCUUCAUUCUGGUCAAUGCUGGCAUCAAGGCGCCACUUGUCGCUGCUGGCGACAACCUCAACAUUCCACUCUUCGGAUGGCUGCUGAGAGGGUUGGGUGCUUUCUACAUAAAGAGGAAGAUUGACCCCACAGCUGGACGCAAGGAUCUGGUCUACAGAGCUGUGCUCCACACUUACAUGGUGGAGAAUUUGCGUGCCGGACACUAUGUUGAGUUUUUCAUUGAGGGUGGUCGCACCAGGACCGGCAAGGCUUGCAUGCCAAAAGGUGGUUUGCUGAGUGUAAUUGUGGACACAUUCAUGGAUGGAGUGGUGGAGGAUGCGCUUUUGGUGCCCGUGGGUAUCAACUACGAAAAAAUAGUGGAUGGAAACUUUGUCCGAGAGCAGCUGGGUCAACCAAAGGUGAUGGAGAGCUUUGGCAGCGCCAUCAGGUCCAUCUGGAAAACGCUGAACUCAAGUUACGGUAUGAUGCGCGUCGACUUCAACCAGCCCUUCUCGUUAAGAGAAAUGAUUGACUCUUACCACAAUCACAACCUCCGAUCCCGUGCCGUCACACCGGACGCAACUCCAACUCCCGAUGGCCUGUUGCACCGCAGCCUUUCUUUUGGCCACUACCACGUUACGGUUCCUGGCUCAAAGAAGUUGCUCCACUCGCCUCCCUCCAGCUCAUCUCUUUAUGGCACAGAUGUUGUUGUGGAGGAGCAACGACACAUUGUCGAAGACAUUGCCAAGCACAUUGUUUAUGAUGCAAUUGAAGCUAUGUCAGUGAUGUCAACAAACGCAGUUGCCUUUCUGCUGCUGACCAAAUUCAGAGCAGGCACCAACCUUGAGGAAUUGGCCCAGGCUCUCGAUGACAUGAGACUUGAUGUUCGAUCAGCCAGACUUGAGCUUGGCUUCACUGGAGAUUCUGUCGAUGUCAUCAACCACGCUCUGAGUAUUCUUGGGCCUGGUGUGGUUAGGAGAGAGAGACUGACGACGCCUCAGGGCGACACGGUGGCCAUCAAGCCCGUCGUCAUGGUACCUAAUGUAAUAGAGCUCUCUUACUAUGCAAACACUUGCCUCAACAUCUACGUCAGAGAGGCGGUUGCAGCUACUGCAUUGUGCUCUCUGCUGCCGGAAAGCACCUUGGAGGAGGAGAAGGAACACUUUGUGGGUCGAGACGAGUUGGUCAGCCGGUGUUUGGAGAUCUGCAGCGUUUUGCAGUUUGAGUUCAUCCUGGCCAAGCCCUGUCAGUCCCUGGAGACCCUGGUUUUGGACACCAUUGAUGACUUGCAGCACAAAGGCUACCUCGAGGUUGACGAGAGCAACUUCCAAAGGCGGCGGCACUUUUCAGACGACUUUGACAGUGAAGAGGAGGCAGACUUUGUGCCACCCCACGUUUGCUACUCCAUCAACAAGGGCAUCGAGUACCGCAAGAGACUCGGAUUCCUGUGCAGCGUGGUGCGGCCACUGCUUGAAGGUUACGCAGCUUGUGCCACCUGUCUGCCCUCAUUGGCAGGUCAACAGGUCACGGAAAAGCAGCUACUUGAAAGGGUCACUGCUGAGUGCGAUUCACAGCUGCGCAGAGGAUUCGCUCUCUUCGAGGAGAGCAGGUGCAUAGACCCCAUUCGAAAUGCACUAAGGAUGCUGGAGAAAUGGGAGGUGCUUGAGUGUCACUCGCAAGACCGUCUGAAGGUCUACUACUUACGGCCAGACUUCGACUCAGAGACGGCCGUUGCGCCCGUGGUCAACAGGCUGCGCUCUCUCGUCUGUUCGGCACCACAGUGAAUUUUGAUUAAAAACUCAUAUCUCAAAGGAAGAAGACUUGCCUUAAGUGCCUUCACUUGUGAUCCGGUUCGAUUGAUUUAUAAUUUGCUCAAUCGCACAAUGUCCAGGUGCGAAAAAAACUGCCAUGAGAGUAGCACGAGUAUGACCAGUUUCAGCUCUGUUGAGCAGAGUUCCUUUUACUACCAAGGUUCACGCAAAACUUAGUCAUCACCACAAACACACAGCUAGCCAAAUACUUUUAAGGUUUACAAAAGACUUGCUGACGUAAAGUGUUGUAUGUAUUUUUAAUUCACAGACAGACAGACAGCUGUACUAUGUUGUUUUACGAUUAAAUCUUUUAUUAUAUAAAAACACAAUGUAUUUCAUUUUGAUCGAUUUAAUGCAUCAAUGAGCUAUUCAAUAAAAUUGUUACCUCUUUUUAAUACU